CGCCGGGCCGUGGGCUGCCCGCGGCGGCGCUGAGGCGCGGGCGGCGCGGCGGGAGGUGGCGGCCGGAGCGAAGGAGCGGGGAAGGGGCGCAGCUCGGCGGGGAGAUGUCCGCCCCGUACGGCAGCCUGAUGAGGUACCUGUUCCCGGCCCUGCUGCUGCACGGGCUGGGAGAAGGUUCUGCUCUUCUUCACCCGGACAGCAGGUCCCACCCUCGGUCCUUGGAGAAGAGUGCCUGGAGGGCCUUUAAGGAGUCACAGUGUCAUCAUAUGCUGAAACACCUUCACAAUGGAGCCCGGAUCACUGUGCAGAUGCCUCCUAAUAUUGAGGGACACUGGGUCUCUACCAGAUGUGAAGUUAGAGCAGGCCCAGAGUUCAUCACAAGAUCUUACAGGUUCUACCACAAUAAUACAUUCAAGGCCUAUCAGUUUUAUUACGGUGGCAAUCGCUGCACAAACCCUAUCUACACCUUAGUUAUACGUGGCAAAAUACGUCUCCGCCAAGCAUCCUGGAUCAUCCGAGGGGGUACUGAAGCUGAUUAUCAACUACGCAACAUACAGAUCAUAUGCCAUAGUGAAGCAGUAGCCAAAAAAUUAAGUGAAUUGGUGAACCAUACGUGUCCUGGAUUUAUACCAGAAGAUAGUCCCUGGGAGCAGGAUGUCAGCUACGAUUUGCUGAGAGAAGAGAACGGCCGUGAAUGCACCAAAGCUCUGAAUUUUGCCAUGCACGAACUCCAGCUGAUCCGUGUGGAGAAGCAGUACCUGCACCACAAUUUAGACCACCUCGUGGAGGAGCUAUUUCUUGGAGACAUUCAUACUGACGCUACUCAGAGAAGGUACUAUCGACCAUCUAGUUACCAACCUCCUCUUCAAAAUACCAAGAACCACGACCGCACAUGCAUCGCGUGCAGAAUCAUCUACCGGUCAGACGAGCACCAUCCUCCCAUCUUACCCCCCAAGGCGGAUCUGACCAUAGGGCUACACGGAGAGUGGGUGAGCCAGCGCUGCGAGGUGCGACCGGAGGUCCUCUUCCUCACUCGGCACUUCAUCUUCCACGACAACAACAACACCUGGGAAGGUCACUACUACCACUACUCCGACCCCAUCUGCAAGCACCCCACCUUCACCAUCUAUGCCAAGGGACGCUACAGCCGGGGAGUGCACUCAUCCAAAGUGAUGGGUGGCACAGAGUUUGUGUUCAAAGUGAAUCACAUGAAGGUCACUCCCAUGGACAUAUCCACAGCCUCGCUGCUCAAUGUCUUCAACGGGAAUGAGUGCGGAGCACAGGGGUCCUGGCAAGUUGGGGUUCAGCAAGACGUCACCCACACCAAUGGCUGCAUCGCACUCGGCAUCCGCCUACCUCACACCGAGUACGAAAUCUUCAAAAUGGAGCAGGAUGCCCGGGGCAGGUACUUGCUGUACAAUGGCCAGAGACCAAGCGACGGGUCCAGCCCCGACCGACCGGAGAAGAGAGCCACUUCCUACCAGAUGCCUUUAAUUCAGUGCGCUUCAUCAGCACCCAGAUCUGAAGGGUCACCAGAGGAGAAUAAAAUAAGGCUGUAUAGCAGCGGGGCACCGGAAAAUCAUCCCAGUGCCCCAGCUCUUGCUUUGGUGUUUAUUUGUACUGUGUCAUAUUGGGACAUUCUCAGCUAGACAUGAAAAAAACAUAUUUUUCAUGACUACAAAGCCAGGAUUCCACCAGACUGGGGGUUGUUUUUCUUCUGAAAGAAAGGGACAUUUAUUUUCUUGAUGCACUUGAAUGCCUAAGAACUGUUGUUCUUUUCCGUACUUCCCCCCUCCUCCUUGGAUCCCGAACGGCACUCGUUUGAUGUUUGUGCUUUGAACUUCAUCCAGUCUGAUCCCUGGCCUGACAUGACUGCACAAAAGUAAUUGCACUUUAGGACUGCAGACUUCUGGGGGGAGGGAGGGGGUCUCCCUUUUAUUAUUUUUGGUUUUUUAACUGCUGGGGUGAUCGUUAUGAUCCUGCUUCGGUCGUCUCUGCCAGGUUACCGUUGUGGUACUCUUCUCCCCAACACCCCGUUUCUCAUCAGAAUUUAGCUCUGGGGAAGGGCUCGGUGUCAUGCCAGUACUGUGAUAGCAGCUUCCCCCUCUGACUUCACAGCUCUGAUGUAGAUAUGUAUAUAAUGAGGAAACCCACAAAGAUUUAUCUUGUCAUUAUCUCACAGCUCAUAACACAAAAAGAAACAGCAAAUCAACAGCCCUCCGUUCAGAUAGUGGUAAAUGGUUGAUACCUCCAAUUAAAAAAUAUUCCAAGUAAUUUAAGCUAUUUUUACAAUCAUUAAGUUUUAAAAAUAACCAGUGGCUUAAUAGUUUCUCAUUCGAUUUCCUUAGCUAUGCAAUUGCUUCGAGGCCUCCCUUUGUAUCUAGUGAGUAGUCACAACCAAGCCCCCUUAAAGCCAGACAGAAGCAGCAGGAGUGUUUUUUCUGUCGGAUGCACACAGGUAAGCUGCCGAUACGCGGCUGCAGGGACUCCUUUUGUUUUCCUAUUCCUGAGGCCUUACGUACUCGGUGUGCAGUAUUUGUGCCUGGGAUUUUGUGUCAGCCAGGUGGGCAGAGUAAAGCAGCAAGUGGGGUCUAACAUGUUCCGCGACCCAAUCCAACAGCGUAUUUUGAGUGAUGUGACCUCCUGCAGGAACAAGUAAAGGGUCUCAGCAGCGAGCACACCGUGGCCCCUACUAGACCAAGAAAGCAGCUGGAACCGGACCCGCGUCCACCCGAGGGAGGGAGGGAGAGAGACUGGCCCCGACUUACCAGAGGGAGGAGCAAGAGUUGCACAAACGCAGCCUCGCUGGACGUGCGCAUACCAUGGUUUCAAGAGCGUAAAUCAGCAUUGGCUUUGGGAGACACUGCCGGGAAGGCGGAUAGGCACAGCCCUCCGACAGCAUUCAAGAGCCUGCCCUGGAAACCCUUGGGCUUCCCGCAGUGGCAAAUACACCCUUGUGUGCACUGAUGCAAAUCAGAGCAGGUUCUGGAGGCAGUAGGGGAGAUACUUAAGGCCAGCAAGGAGGUAAAAGUUCCUAGAUGAACCAUGCUCCCCUGCUUUAAUGGGGAGCGAGCUGAGGGCACAGCUUAACCUGGCGGCAUUUGGGCUGUGGCUUUUACUGACAAACACGCGUUUUGGCUCGCAGGAGGAGCAGUAACAUGUGUAAGAAACAUAAGGAGUAAGGUCAUAGCAUUUCUUCAUCAGUAUCAGCAGCUUCUAGCUGCCCAGUCCAGUACUAUGUGAGAAAAAAAGCCUUUAAUGUGUUAUUUUCAACAUCAUAGGAAAAGUAUGUCUUAAAUGAAGGUCUUUCAGCUUUACAUAGGUGACUCUCCAUACUGUCUGCUAUAGCAAAAGCAUUCUUUGAAAACAUAGUGACAGCAUGGACCUUGCUAGCAAAAACAGCAGGAAAAAGCCGUUCAAGCAGCAAAUUGCUAUGCUCAGGCUCCCUACCUCCCAAAGUCCGUGCCGCCUCGGCAGUUUUUCCAAGCGGGUAUCAGCCUUGGAUGUGGAUUUCCUCAGAGUUGGAACAAAAUUGGUUCACCUGGUUUUGAGAGAGCAGGAGGAAGAAGAGAAGGAACAGUACCAUAGAUUCACUGCCAGGUCAGAUCACAUCUUUCACGUUUUUUUCCCAGACAGAUGAGAAGUCAGAGAAGACUCAUUAAGAGUCAGGAAUGGAGCUCAGGACAGCUCUAGUUACCAGAGAAAGUGUUCAUCCAUCCAUCUGGUAUCAGAUCCUCCUUCAGCCUGCUGGAAGGAGCUGAAAGCCAACUCACCGUGAUUAAUCCAGCCCUAUGAACAACAGCUGCUCUGAUCAGCAUUUCUUGAUGGUUUUCUGCUCCACACAGUUAAACCUACUUGAGAGUCAGUUCUGGAUCAGUUGCUGGUAGGAAGGCAUCAGGAGCAGUUUUAACUAGAGGGUCAAGAAGGAGACACGAUGCCUCUGAAAGAGAAGCGAGGAACCAGGAUGGAGUUUGGUUUUCUCUAGCUAGACUUGAGUUUUGUAUUCAGUGGACUGGCACCAGCGUAUCUCCAACUGAGGUACUGAGCUGUUACAGUCAAACAAGUCCCUUAAAUACUAGCUUCGUUUCUGACUUCUGUGUGAGACCUGGCGGCAUGAGGGAAUUCACGUUAGUUUUUAUUCCUGAGGAUGCGUAUGGCGUGACAUCCCUUAGGUCACACAAGACAAGCUUCUUGCACCACCAUUGACCAUUCCCAUGUUAGGUGGCCCUGUCUCUGGAAAAAUACCAAUGGCUAGUUGUCAGACCCUGUCCCUUCCCUAUGCAAGUGCCACACACAACUCGGUCCCAGCUGAGAUCUGCACACGUUUGUGAUGCAGGACUGAAGCAGAGAGCAGAGGAACUGCUCCGCAGCGUGAUGUUCCAUAUUCAUCAGGGCAAUGUUUAUUAGUGCUUUGUGGCUCCUCUGUAAAUUGCCUUAUGUCAGAAAUAUUACAACAGUUUGAAGAGAAAGACCUGUCUAGUUCUUGCCUCUAAAAAGCACAUUCAUGUCUCAACUGUCUUGAAUCACAGGCUUGCAAAUAUCUAGGUUUUCCAAGGCUUAUGGUUACACUAAAUGCAAAUCUGACUCAAUGUACAAAUUGUACAAGAACUGCAUUUUUUUUUCCUAUUAUCUAGAGAUAGUUAAAAAGGAAGUAUUUGAAAAAGGCCUUCAUAAUGCAUUACAAGAGAUCUGACUGGGGACUCCUCAAGUUUAUUUGUAGUGUUGACCAGAAACAUAAUUUUUAUGAUCUGGGUUCUUAGUGUAUGCUGCACCAGCUUCCCUCCAUGUGCCUAUAUAUUUUUUCUUUAUUUUUCUGUUAGCCAAUACAAGUCAAGUUGAACAAAAAUGUAAGUCUUCAGAGUGCAUGGUUUAUUUGCCAACCCAUGUUCUCUGCAAGGCUUCUCCUAGGUUGCAGGCACAGAACUAGGAGCUAAGUUUCCUUGAUCUUCUGGUUUCAUCAUGCACUAAAUUAACCGCUGCACAGCACCACAUGCAUUUGUGACGCAAUGUAUUCCAUUCAUUUUAUUUCUCCAACCUGACCUCAUGUGUUGGCAGCCCUGGCUGCUAAAGAAGCUAAGCCGCAAGUGGUUUAGCAGUGGAAGACCUACCAACUGAGUGAUUUUUCCCAUACCAAAAUGCAGAAGCUUUAAAAAAUGAAACAAUUAAUCCUACUCAAGGAGCCACCUGACAGAAGUGGUAACCUGAAGAAGUUCUUGGGCAAAUUGUUUUAACAGGUCCUAUUUAAGAAAUAGGACAAAAGGGAUGAGAAAAAUCAAAACAAGUGUUCUUGCUCUGUUUCUAUACCGUUUACAUAUUGUGCCUGCUGCCCUGGUGUAGAAUGUCAUUUCUAUGAACAGAAGUCCAUAUUUUAAGAUAUAAUGUCUGUCUUGCUCGAGUUGGAGCGUGCUUGCUUAAAGUGCAGGAUUUAAAAAAUAAAAAUCUUUUUAUUUUUUUAAAGUUAUAGAAGAUAUUUUUCUUCUCAACUAUGUUCCAGAUUAAACUGCCAGGGAAGUUUAAGCACUUGUUAAACUAUUGAUUGAAAUAAAAAAGCCUAACUGAAAAAUUAA